AAGACCAAUGGUGGGAAUACAGUAGAAAACAACCCCUAUAUGAAAUAGGGCCUAUGCCUAUUUGAAGUCACCUGUAAACUGAAGAAAAAAAUACGCAUUGUGUGGUUUCCUGGGUUCAAAUACAUUUCUGACGUAGAGACGUCACCUGCUUCAAACUUACAGUGAGGGGAGCGACGACAAAGGAGGAGUUAAACACAAGCUCCGAGCAAAAACUUCCGUUGUCAGUGUCUAUGUGGACCUCGCGGUGUGCAGCACGCCUGGGACAGAAACACUUCGGAUAGUAAAAAACCUAAAGUUAGUGACUAACAAAAGAGAGGAGCAUGUACAUUCAAACACGGAGACAUUCGGUUGUUAUUCAAGCGUGUAUCGGUUAGUUAAGACAAUAGAAAUUGGGGAAGUAUGGAUUUGCAAGUUAUUGAACGACUUGGAGAGCGCGCACCUACGGAAAGGGUAACCACAUGCAAAUGGAUUGGGAGAGGAGGACACUGGUGAAUAAGUGACUAUUUCAUUCCAUAAAGACAGUGUGAGAGAAUUGUGACAGGUAUGAAUAAUGGCACGAUGAAAGAUGGGCCCCGGGAGCCUACUAUCCCGGUGAUUAUGUUCAUAUUAGGAGUGGUGGGGAAUGUCAUCGCCAUCGUGGUGCUCCGAAAGUCUCGGAAAGAACAGAAGGAGACCACCUUCUACACGCUGGUGUGCGGGCUUGCGGUGACCGACCUUUUGGGCACGCUGCUGGCCAGCCCCGUCACAAUCGCCACCCGUGUGCAAGGGAAGUGGCCGGGAGGAGAGUCACUGUGUCAGUACUCCGGCUUCAUCCUUCUCUUCUUCUUUCUGGUCGGCCUCAGCAUCAUCUGUGCCAUGUCCAUAGAGAGAUACCUGGCUAUAAAUCAUGCAUAUUUCUACAACCAUUACGUGGACCAAAGACUUGCUGCGUUGACGCUUGCGGGAAUCUACAUCUCCAACGUGCUGUUCUGCGCGCUGCCUGCCAUGGGACUCGGUAAGGUGAAAAAGCAGUUCCCAGAGACCUGGUGCUUCAUCGACUGGCGGACUAACGACUCCACGCACGCCACCUUCUCCUACAUGUAUGCCGGGGUGAGCUCUUUCCUCAUCCUCACCACGGUCAUAUGCAACGUGCUGGUGUGCGGAGCGCUGAUUAUGAUGCACAAGCGGUUCAUCCGCAGGACAUCGCUGGGUACGGACCAGGGAGGUCGCAUAGCGGUCCUCAGGCGCAGACGGAGCUUCCAACGCAUGGCCGGCGCAGAGAUCCAGAUGGUCAUUCUGCUCAUCGCUACCUCCGUGGUGGUUCUCAUCUGCUCCAUACCUUUAGUGCUGCGGGUGUUUGUGAACCAGCUGUCCAUGGUUGCGUUCGACGCCCAUUCAACUCCCCUAGAGAAGAACCCAGAUCUCCACGCCAUCCGCAUUGCCUCCAUCAACCCCAUCCUGGAUCCCUGGAUAUACAUCCUGCUGAGGAAGACUGUCCUGCUGAAGCUGGUGGAGAAGAUCAAGUGUCUGUUCUGCCGCAUAGGCGGCCGGGGGCGGGGCUCAGGGGUCAGGGGUCAAUUCCGCUGCGGAGGUGAAGGUCAUCCGAAUUCGUCCAUCGUGUCCCGGGAUUCGCCGUCGCUGGUGUCACGCGAGCUGAGGGAGGUCAUCAGUACUUCACAGACAUUUCUUUACCUGCCGGAGGGGACCGGGGGGGGGGCUAGAGGGACAGGGGGAGAGGGAAGACCCAGCCCCCCGGCUGUGGAGCGCUCCCUGCUACAGGACCAACAGACACCAGGGGGGAAGGGGAUGCAAAAGGAUUCCAAAAAGGGCACUUUAGGUCCCAGUAUAUCAAUGAGGACAGAUGGGACAGUUGACCCUUCACCUCUGAACAGGGUGCCAUCGGACAGAAAAGACAAGACUCUACAUGUGACGUUUACAGACGAGACACUGAACUUACAGGAGAAAUGCAUCUGACGGACAUAAACACAAACUCUGCAAGAGUGGCGGAUAACACAGAAAAGUCACAGAGGGGAAAAAGGACUUCUAAUAGCAUUAAAGGUUGGGACUUCUGAAGGGUUGAACUCAUAAGGAAAAUGUUUUCCUGUGUAUUGUUUGUAUAAAAACAAGUACAUAAAACAAAUAAGACUGGGAGUCGGUUUAGUUAAUCAGUGAUGCUCCUAGCUGAAGCAUGAUAUCCUGUUUAGGGUUCGGACAAAAUGUCAACACGGUGCCAAAGUGGAUUGUAGGAGAUUGGAUCUAUUUACAUAGAUCAUAUAUUGGAUCUAUUCUAUAUGUCACAGUCUUAUUACAAGAAUACCAAUAUAAUAUACAUAUACCAGCACACACAUCAGUAAUGAACAUAAAAUGUUAUUUGAACUUUAUAAAGACAAUAAGGAUAUUUCAUUGCACUUUUCAAAAACUCAAACCCACUGAAAGUCACUGAAUGCUACCAUGCUAUCAUAGUUCUAUCCGGGAUCCUUGGGACGUCCAUACGCUAAACCCUAACCAAACCAGAACAUUUACCUAAUCCUAACCUUACAUUUUUUUUAAUUUCAACUACAAUGGGGUAGGGACGUCCCAACGAUCCCGGAAGGCAAGGACCACUGCUUACCACUGGCCUCCACCAAAACAAUUGUUGUGAUAUACUGUAUAGUCCUGAGGCUACAAUGUGAACUGUGUCCCAUAACAUUAAUUUAUUUUAGAAAGUAAAAAAUAAAUGUUUCUUCUCUAUGAGAAGGUCUAGUUAGUUUUUAUCCACGUCAAAUUGUUGCAAAAUGGAUUGAAAUUGUGUGCUACAUUUCAACAUUUGCAAACAAUUGUAUCAUAUUUGUUUACUUGGCAGCUUCACAACAAUGCCUGAAGUAUAAAAAUCCAGCAAGAAUAUUGAGCAUAUAAUCCCAUGCAUGAAUUUUUAUUUUAAACACAUUUUAUUCUAGGUAGCUAGUUAUGUAUAGGUAGCUAUCAAGUAAACACCAUUUAAAGACUCAAAACAACAAAAACGAAAGACCCAUUUCAGUCCAUAAGAGCCAUUUCAGUCCAUAAAAUCAAUUUCAGUCCAAAAAAUGUUACUUGUACUGAGCUUGUACAGAUAGGAUCUUAAUUUGACCUGUAUUGUCGCAGCAAAAUAAUCCUGCAGCAACAGGAUUUGGACGUUUAGUCCAUAAUGUUGCCUAAUCGGUGGUUAGGCUAUUAGCUGGUCAAAAUGAGGCUACAUGAAAAGUGGAAUAAUGUUAAUAUAACCAUGUGUUAGUGUGGGUUUUCAGUGAAUUUAUGUAACUCACGAAGAUCCUCUGCAUUUCCUGCUGCAGAAAAGAGUGAUCAAAUUAAGAUCCUACAGCUUGUAUGGUUGAAAUAACAAAGGGGAUUUACAUUGCUGUUGUCUUUUGUUUUGUUCAAAUGACACUUUAUAUGUGCAUGGCAUUACUUUCCCCCCAAUUAAAUGAUAUCAGUGCAGAACUGCAAUGUGUUUUUGGAUGAUUUGCUUUUAAUGUGGCUAAAGAAAAGAGAAACUGUAUGUUUCUAAUAUUAAAAUAUUAAAUUAAGGAUUUCAAAGUUUAAAAUGAACCAGCUCACACAAGUCUAUCUGUUCUGACACCGAGCAACAUUACGGUAUUGCACUCCUAUGAUUGCACCCCCUCACGACAAAUUUGACUGACAUCUCAUUACUACUAGGCUAACCAAACAUUGCAUCAAGCUGCUAUAUGACCAUGAGAAGUACGCUAUAUAGAAACUCUGGCUGCCCCUCGACACCUCCAUGUUGGUUCAAUCCUGUCUACACUUCUUCUUAAGUAGAGAGAAACUCCCUCAGAGCUUGAUGGUGGAGGAGGGUCAUAUUGGACUGAGCAAAAUACAAUCAACCUGAACCAGCCUUUUACUGACUACCUAAACUCACAACAACUUUGACUAACAUUAUUAUCAAUAAGCAGUCAUUGCAUAAAGCAGUUAUGGCCAUGAGGAGUGGAGUGAAAUACCCACAGAGCUCGAUGAGGAAGGUCGUAAGUAGGCCACAGGAAAACGCAGCAAAACACAUGCAGCCAACCUGAACCAGUCUUUACGACUGAUCUGGUAACCGGACUACCUGAUCAAAGCCUAAGUUAUCAACUCAGGCCAGCCCACUGAUGGCACUAAAACUAAACAUCAAUACUGAUUACAGGAUUAAUCUGACAGAGGUCACAGAUCAUUGAUCAAUAUCAGUCACAUCCUUCAGAAGUUAUAUUUUUCAGAGGACUUGAUCAGGUAGUCAGUUUAUCAGGUCAGUCGUAAAGA